AUGUCUGCCCCUUCUCUUGCUCAGGCCGUCGCUAAGCGGGGCUGGUUGUCCAAGAUGCUCAAGCCCGUCAGCAACUGGUACAUCAAUGCCGCCGGCUACCGUCAGAUGGGUCUCCGCACCGACGACCUCAUCUCCGAGGAGGACGAGAACGUCCUCGCCGCCCUCAACCGCCUGCCCCCCAAGGAGGCGUACGACCGCAUCUACCGCAUCCGCCGCGCCACCCAGCUCUCCCUCACCCACAAGCUCCUGCCCAAGAACGAGUGGACCACCCAGGAGGAGGACGUCCCCUACCUCCGCCCCUUGAUCGAGCAGAUCGAGGCCGAGGCCGCCGAGAAGGCCGCUCUCGACACCCUGACUAUUGUCAAGAACUAA